GGUUUUGGCCUGGAAUUAAUUCCUUUACAGAUAGAGUGUGUUGCCGUAAUUCGAAAAACUACAGUUACAUCUUUUGAAGGUCUGGUCGAUAGAUGGCAGCUGUUUCUUUGGUUUAUGAACAUAUCCGGCUGUGCUUGUCACAAUGCUAAAGGUAGCAGCAAGAUAGCAGGCAGUAAUAAAUCAAAUCUUAAUUUGGCUGUGGUUUGACGUAGGAUGUCUAACAAAAAGUAUGGACUUAUAUUGCCGGGUGCAGCAAAAACUCGGCAGCCUACAUUCCAAGCUGCGCGCAACGUAUUUGGAGAUGAUUCCGAUUCUGAUGAUGAUUCGAAGAAAAAGUCCGUGCUUUUGCAACCCAGCCAUAACAUAAACAGACAGGCUAAAAUUUCACAAGAUAAAGCUCUUAUGGAAGACCCAACGGUAUACCAGUAUGACGAAAUCUAUGAUUCAAUGACAAAUGAAAAGGAAGAAAAGAAAAGUAAAAGUAAAGGGGACAAAAAACCAAGAUAUAUAGAAAAUUUAAUGAAAUCGGCAAACAAAAGGAAAAUUGAAAAUGAGCGUCGCAUUGAAAGACAGAUACAAAAAGAAAGAGAAAAGGAAGGAGAUGAAUUUGCAGAUAAAGAAGUGUUUGUUACUUCAGCAUAUAAGAAAAAAUUGGAGGAGAUGAAACUUGAAGAAGAGAAGGAGAAAAGGGAAGAGUAUUUAGAAAGUAUAGGUGAUGUCACAAAACAGAGGGAUUUAGGUGGGUUUUAUCGUCAUCUAUAUGAGCAAAAGUUAGGAAGUGACAAAAAAGCCGAUGAAAACAAAGAGGAUAUCAAGAAGUCAGAAGAACUAAAAGAAAGUGAUGGCAGUCUAACACCUGAGAAACCAGAAACAAUUGAGAAGCGCCAAGAUAAUUCUGAGAAGGCUGCUAAACACAUGGAUUCACAGAAAAAAAGAAAUUACAGAAAAAGAAAGUCAUCAUCUGAUAAUCAAAAGCACUUAUCUGAAGGAGAAAUUGAUGACUCAGAUGAGGAAAUUAAACGUGUAAAUCUUACAGAUAUAAGAGAAGCAAAGCGAUCCAAGCCAACUGAAGAAAAUAUUGAUGCUGAUUCGGACUUUUCUAUUGAUGAAUCAAGUGAUGAAGAAGACACAAGCCAUAGAAUUAACAUUGAUAAAAAUCUCCAAAAUGACACACCUGUAAUAACUAAUCUUCCAGCUAAAAAUGAAGAGACUAAAACUAAAAAAGAAAGGAAAAGUGGGCAAGAUUCAAAACUAAAAGAAGAAAAAGUUGAAAUAGAACAAAAGGAUCUCAAACCCAAAAUUGAUAUUUGGAAGAAAAGGACUGUGGGAGAAGUGUUUGAACAAGCUUUAAAACAAUAUUAUGAAAGGAAAGCUGGUAGGGGUUAUUGAUAAGAAACUCCAUUUUAAUAUUUUUGUGUAGCUUUUAUUAAAAUAAAGCCUUACGAAACUUAA